AUGGCAUCCGGGGACUUCGUUGACUUCUUUCGGGGACGAGAACUCAACGAGGGACUCUUACACAAGUUGAAGAUAGCAUUGUUGUCUGUGAAUGCACUGCUUGAAGAUGCGGAGGAAAAACAACUUACAAAGCCUGCUGUGAAAGUGUGGCUGGAGGAGUCAAAAGAUGCUGUCUAUGAUGCUGAAGACAUCUUGGAUGAGAUAGCCACUGAAUCCUUGCAGUGUAAGUUGGAUGCUGAAUUUCAAACCACUUCAAGUAAGGUACGUAAAUCCAUCUCUACUUUCCUUGGUCAUUUUGUCAAGGUGAUAGAGCCAAAGAUAAAAGAACUACUUGACAAACUAGAAAAUCUAGCAAAACAAAAAGAUGUUCUAGGUCUGAAAGAAGGUGUUGGAGGAGAGUCACCAAAAAGAUUGCCCACGACUUCUUUGGUUGAAGAAUCUGGUAUUUUUGGUAGGGAUGGUGAUAAGAAAAAAACAAUAAGCUUGUUGCUCUCGGAUGAUGCAACUCACAAUGAAAAUCUGCGUGUUAUUCCCAUAGUCGGCAUGGGGGGAAUUGGCAAGACAACCCUUGCUAAGCUUGUAUACAAGGACCAGAGGGUGAAGGAGCAUUUUGACCUUCAGGCAUGGGUUUGUGUUUCGGAUGAGUUUAACGUGUUCAGGGUAACUAAAACAGUUCUAGAGGCAGUGACUUCGUCAACUUGUGAUAUGAAGGAUCUAAAUCUGCUUCAAGUUAGACUACAUGAUUAAUUGAUGGGGAAGAAAUUUCUACUUGUUUUAGAUGAUGUAUGGAAUGAGAAUUACGCUGAUUGGGAGGUCUUAAGUAAUCCAUUUAAAUCUGGGGCACAAGGAAGUAUAAUCAUUAUAACAACACGCAAUGAUAGUGUUGCAUCAAUCAUGCGCACCGUUCCAUCUCAUCAUCUAAAGAAGUUAGCAGAAGAAAAUUGUUGACGCCUUUUUGCAAAACAUGCAUUCCACGAUAAUAACUCUA